UCUCUCUCUCUAUACAUACAUAUAUUACUUACAGUCGAUUAAGCGAUCGGAGCGUGAAAUUCUCGUCUAGGGUUUCGAUCAAUCUGAAAACAAUGGGAGGCGGAGGAGUCAUGAGAGCGGCGGCGAAGGUGGCCGGAAUCGGAGUCGUCAAUGCCGGCCUCCGCGGCGGCGUUACGGCGGAGCAUCCCGUUUCCGCGGCGGCACGCAAGGCCUCUCGUCCUGUCGCGGCGAUCGUUUCUUCUUCCGAUGACGGGAAAUCGAACGCGAUCGACGCGGCGGUGCAGAGGCCGUGUUGGGAGCUCGAUGAGUGGGAGUUCGCCGGCGGCGUGGAGGAUCAGACGAUCGGUGAGCCGAUGCCAAGACUCGUGUUUGGUGGUGCUCCUACUCUUCAAGAAGCUAAAGAGGCCACUUCUGAUCUCAAAGGCGCUCUCGAGAAGGUAUAUCUGUCCUCGCCUAAUUCUACUGGAUGCAAUGAUUCACGUAUGGUUGGUCAUGAGUCUGCCUUGUCGCUGCUUUCAAAACCAGAAUACCAGGAGACUAAAGCUUGUGUUGUCAGUGAAACCACAGCACCAUCAGUGCCAAAAAAUGCUCUUAAAGCAUUUAGACUUCUCAAUGAAAAUCCUGCAACCCAGACUGUUGUUGCUUCCAUUGCUUGUGACCCAAAUGUAUGGAAUGCUGUAUUGCAAAACGAGGCACUUGUGGAAUUUCUCCAGACCAAUGAGAGCACGACUCUCUUCUCAGAUAUGGAUCCAGUCAUGAAAGAAUCUGUUGCCACCACAGAAUUUCUAGAUCCUCAACCUCCAAAGAACGUCGAUGAUUCUUUAGAUUCAAAGCAAUCUGCAGAUUCUGGAAAUGGGUUUAUGGGUUUUAUGGAGAACAUAAAGACUACAGUGGUUGAGAUGAUGAACAGCUUAUCUGAAUAUUUUCAGAAUAUAUUUGGCGGUCCAAGUGCUGAACAAGUAUCUGCAGAUGCUGAUGGAAGUGCCAAAGCAACCAUUGUAAAUGGAGUUGUGGGAUCUUCUAUAAUGGGAUUGGCGGUCAUGGUUAUCAUGAUGGUGGUGCUGAAGCGAGGUUAGGCUUCACUUCUUGGACACCUACCAUGAAUUUGCCGAAGCUACAAAACCAAUAUUGUCUUUUACAAUUUCUUGUUUGAAUGUCCUGGUUUAUUACUAGAUCACUGCUGAACAUAUAAAUCUUAAUCUAUCUUUCUUAUAGAAUAUUAUUUUCAGAUACUUAUUGUGAGAAGUUUUCUUUGUAUAUAGCUUAUGAAAAUAGGGUACUUGGAUAUUUGGUUGUUUGGUUUUGAGGAUGAGCCCAUCCAUUUAAAUGCAACCCUGCAUUUCUUUUUCUUC